UCCCACAGUCAUCAUCAUCCGAUCAAGCGACAAUGUCAAUCCUAAAACUGUUGUUCGGCAAGAAAAAACGCGAGAGAGUAGUAGUACGAACCCAAAGGCCGACGAUUAAAGGUGUUAUGACGUCUGUUUUGGCCACACAAGCCGCAAUAUUCCUCUUGUUGCUGGCCGGUCUAUCUCUAACCGGCUGUGCCGUGGCGUCCGUCGCCUGCAUGCCGCUCUUCCUCCUAUUCAGCCCGGUCCUCGUUCCAGCGGGUAUUACCGCCACUGUUCUUGCUUCGGGUUUUAUGGCUGGAGGCGGCUCAGGUGUGACGGCUCUCACCAUCUUCAUGUGGCUCUACAAGCGAUUUACGGGUAAAGACCCGCCAAAGAUUCCAGGGUUGACACCGGCUGGUGGAGCUGCAUCAGGUGGAGCUGCAUCAGGUGGAUCAGCCCCAGCAGAAGGUGGAGAUGCGGGAGGUGGAGCUGCCCCAGCAGCUAAAAAAUCGGCAUCUAAAAAAUCGGCGGCAAAAAAACCGGCAGCUAAAGCGGGCAAAUAAGUCAAGGACAUUAACAAAGGAUUAUACUGAAAUUCCAUAAUUCAAAUAUAAUUUAUCCAGUUUCUUUUUGUUGCUACAUAUUAAUUACGUGCUGAUGAAAUUAAAUUUCUCAAAUGUCAUUUCUAUUAACGCACGCCGUGCUACAGACACAAUAACAUAAGUAUUCAUGUUUGCUGUAUAAUAUUUUUAAUUAAAACAACGAGGUUUGUAUAUGAUA